AUGAUCUUCCUUUUUCUGGUUGCCUGGAUUACUCCCUGUAUAGCUAAUCAAUUUCUCAGUAGCUUUGCAAGAGCAGAAAUUCAGAAAAAUCCCAGGCAAGUAAUCUGCAGCGUGCUAGGACCACAAGGCCCUCCAGGUGCUCCCGGAGCUCGGGGUGCUCCUGGGAAUAUAGGAAGGAUGGGUCUUCCAGGAAAAGAUGGACGAGAUGGAGAAGAUGGACAGAUAGGACAGCCAGGGGAGGAAGGUAACCAAGGCAGGAUGGGAAAUCCAGGCCAGCCAGGAUCCAAAGGAAAACCAGGAGCCAUUGGCAAAGCUGGUCUCCGUGGUCUAAAAGGCCCCAAGGGCCCCCCUGGAAAAAGCGGGGGAGCUGGAAAGAAAGGACCCCGAGGAGCUCAAGGAGACCUUGGGAUGUCUGGCCCUUGCAAAUGCAAGGCCAAGAAAGCCAGAUCAGCUUUUUCUGUUGCUGUGACUAAAAGUUACCCAAAAGAGAGACUGCCCAUCAAAUUUGACAGGGUCCUCAUGAAUGAAGGUGGAAAUUACAACACUUCCAGUGGGAAAUUUAUAUGCACCAUCCCCGGCGUCUAUUAUUUCACUUACGAUAUCACACUGGCCAAUAAACACUUGGCUAUUGGGCUGGUGUACAAUGGUCAGUACAGGAUAAAGACAUUUGAUGCCAACACCGGGAACCAUGACAUUGCUUCUGGAUCGACAAUCCUUUCCCUAAAGCAGAAGGAUGAAGUGUGGCUGCAGAUAUAUUAUUCAGAACAGAAUGGGCUGUUCUAUGAUCCUUACUGGACAGAUAGCGUUUUUACUGGCUUUCUGAUAUAUGCUGAUCAGGAUUACCUCAAUGAAAUGUAAAGGGGACUACCAACCUCAACAAACCUAAUGGAAGACAAUAAGCAUGGAAAAUUAUGUACAUUUAUCUCUGAAGAAGUCCUUCAGCCACAAAAGCAGGCCUAAGAGGACAAUGGCCUACAGCUCCUCCAAUAUUUAUAUAAUUAAUCUAAAUCCUGGGGUUUCUUUGUCUCAGAUGUUGCAGACCCUUAAAGAUUUAUUCUUUUCCAUAGAUAUGCAUUCACAAAUGGUUUCCAAAUGAGAGGGAAGGGGAGAAAAAGAGAUAACUUUUUAUUGAUGUAUAUGACUCCAUCAUCUAGAUGAGAAGUCUUCUGUGGUCCUCAGUAUACGAGAUGCUUAUUAUCAGUGUCCUUUCCUGCAAAACACAAAAGAAAUAAUUUUUAUCCUAUACCAACCAAUACUGAUGCUCCUUCUCUAAAGGAGAAAGAGAUACUUAUCCUGUGCUGCAAAUGAUGGUCAGAUAGUACUUAAACUAGAAUUGAAUUUAUCUGCCUAGUUUCUGAAUGCCUGCAUAGAAGGACAAUGCCUUUGAGAGUUUCAGGAAUGUGCUUUUCAAAAAUGCUAUCUUUAAUCAGGAAACCCAUAGAUGCAUCUGGUGAUCUUCUGCUGUAAAGCAUAUAUGUGUUCCAAUGCUAGAAGUGUAUGGUCCUUCCCCUAAAUUCAGGCCAGCACUACAGCAAGUCUCUCUUAUCACUCUACAUGUUUUUAAUAACACCAAAGGAUCUGAUAUGCUAAAAGAAAAUAGUGCUACUAUUAAACAGUUACAAAUAUUCACAAGUAUUCCAUUUUCCCUGAAAAUCUCCUUUAUUCUAUGAGCAAAUAUAAAUGGUAUCUGGUUCGCAAACCAAAUAUAUAAGCAAGUAGAGAAUUAGCUUUAAAAUGUUUAAAGAAUCAAAUGUGUCAUCGAUUAUUCUACACAUGACCCUGUUUCAUUAGGAACUGAUUAUAUGUUGGUUAGCAAAGCAUUAUAGGGUGAGUGGUAUAACUGGAAUCUGUAACAAUGACUUGAUCUAA